AGGGAUCCUCCUCUGCGCCGAGGGGGAGGAGGAAGAGGAGGAGGAACCCUUGGGCGCUCGCGAGUUGAGUUGAGUGACCCCCUCGCUCAGUCGCUUUUGGCCGCUGUGCGCGCGUCAGCCUGAAAAUCGCAGCCGUGACGCCAUGUCGACUCUGACGGUGGCGGACCUCACCGCAGGAACCAUGACUGAGUUCCAGGAGAAGCUACGGCAGCAGCACGAGGAGUCCAUGUGCCGCGAGCUGGACGAGCUCGCCGCCACCGCGGGCGACGCCCACGCGCAGAGUUGCAAGAAAGACUUUGAGGGCUUCAAGAGGCUCUUCCACAGGUUCCUGCAGGUCAAGAGUCCUGCGGUGGACUGGGCCAAAAUCAGCCGGCCGCCCGAGGAAGCCGUGGUGGCGUACGAGGAAAUGGUGGCGACGGAGGUGCCGGCGGACGUGGCGGCGUGCCUCAACAAGCUGGCGGUGGUCAAGCUCAACGGCGGCCUGGGCACCAGCAUGGGCUGCAAAGGCCCCAAGAGUCUCAUCAGCGUGCGCAACGAAAACACCUUCCUGGACCUCACCGUCAAGCAGAUCGAGCAUUUGAACAAGACCUACGAUGCCCACGUCCCUCUCGUGCUGAUGAACUCCUUCAACACGGACCAAGAAACCAGGAAGAUCCUUCAGAAGUACAAACAUCACCGACUCAGGAUACACACCUUCAACCAGAGCAGGUACCCGCGCAUCAACAAGGAGUCGCUGCUGCCUAUCGCCAAGAGUUUGGAGAGCGCGGAGGCGUGGUACCCGCCGGGUCACGGCGACAUCUACGCCAGCUUGGCCAACUCGGGCCUGCUCCAGCAACUUCUGGACGACGGGAAGGAGUACAUCUUCGUGUCCAACAUCGACAAUCUGGGCGCCACCGUCGACCUCCGCAUCCUCCGACGCCUCAUCGGCCAGCCGGCCGACAGGCGCUGCGAGUUCGUCAUGGAGGUCACCGACAAGACCCGCGCCGACGUCAAGGGCGGUACGCUGAUUCAGUACGAAGACCACCUGAGGCUCCUGGAGAUCGCGCAGGUUCCCAAAGCUCACGUGGACGAGUUCAAGUCGGUCACCAAGUUCAAGAUCUUCAACACCAACAACUUGUGGAUCUCGCUGAGCGCCAUCAAGAGGCUGGUCGACGACAACGCCAUGGACAUGGAGGUCAUCGUCAAUCCCAAGACGCUGGAGGGCGGUCUCAACGUGAUCCAGCUGGAGACGGCGGUCGGCGCGGCCAUCAAGAGUUUCCGCAACGCCAUGGGCGUCAACGUGCCGCGCUCGCGCUUCCUGCCCGUCAAGACGUCCUCUGACCUGCUGCUGGUCAUGUCCAACCUCUACAGCUUGGACGCGGGUUCUCUGACCAUGAGCCAAAAGAGGGAGUUCCCCACCACGCCGCACGUCAAGCUGGGGGGCUGCUUCACCAAGGUCCAAGAUUUCCUGACCCGCUUCGACAGCAUCCCGGACCUGCUGGAGCUGGACCACCUUACUGUGUCGGGAGACGUCACCUUUGGGAAAAACGUCUCACUCAAGGGAACGGUGAUCAUCAUCGCCAACCACGGCGACCGUAUCGAUAUCCCCUCCGGAGCCAUGCUGGAGAACAAGAUUGUGUCCGGAAACCUCCGCAUCCUGGACCACUAACUAAAAGCGCACACCGACAAAAACGAUGGCGGGGAAACCAGGCAAAAGUGCUCUUUUUCACAACGUUGACGUCUGGCCCGCAAGCAGGCCGUUUUUGGUCCAAGGUGACCAAACAGGAAGUUACUGUCCACGAGCGUGUGUGUGUGUGUGUGUGUUUCAGGUCAAUAAAUGAAAAGUUAUUCUGGUC